AUGUCUCCAACAAAUAAGGACGAUGCAGCACUCGGCCCCGCUCCAGUUACUCCAGGCGGUACAUAUAGCCUCGAGACUAUUUCUGUCGGAUGCAAAGUAUACAUAAAAAGGAAAGACUCCGAUGGGGAGAUAGAAGAACGCCUUGCCGAGAUUCUAUCUAUUCGUGACAAACCGACAAGCUCGUACACAAGGCGUGGAAGACCUGAUGAAUACGCCGAUCAACCGGGCUCGCACAUCGAAUUCUUUGUGCAUUGGGACCAAUUCAAUAAGCGCCUAGAUGAAUGGGUAUCUGGAGCACGCGUUGUGCUUAGCAGAGACCUUGAAUGGCCACGACCGAAAAUCCCUGGUCCCAAGAAGUCUGCACCCCCCAAUAAGGUUCCUUUAGGACAAACGCAGAAAAAGCGUACAAAGUCACAACAACCAGGAUAUGUUAAUGAUUCUGCUGCCCCCAGUCCGUCGCCCGCUGCGGGUCUAUCCCCGUUACCAUCCAUCGGCUUGAAGCGGAAAACACCGCCCGACGAGGAAAGUGUUGCAGAUGAGUUCCCUGAAGAGGACGAGAAUGACCUUGACGCCGAAGGGGAAAUGGAUAUUGACUCGAUGGAUCUGACAAAUCCUCCCCCUAUCAACCCACCGCAAGCUCCCAUUAGCAAAGAGCAGGAGAUUGAAAAAUUGCGUACAUCCGGUUCUAUGACACAAUCCAUUUCGGAAGUCGCGCGGGUUAAGAAUCUCAACCGACUGCAGCUAGGCAAAUAUGAAGUGGAGGCCUGGUACUUCAGCCCGUAUCCACGAGACUAUGCGCACCUUGAUGUCCUUUAUAUAUGCGAAUUCUGCCUGUCGUACAUGCCUUCACCGCUCAUGCUAAAACGGCAUCGAACUAGAUGUACAUUGCUUCAUCCUCCCGGUAAUGAAAUCUAUCGUGACGGAGAAAUCUCCUUCUGGGAAAUCGACGGCAGGAAGCAACUCACCUAUUGUCGAAAUCUGAGUUUAUUGUCCAAAUGUUUCCUUGACCAUAAAACCUUGUAUUAUGAUGUGACCCCAUUCCUGUAUUAUAUCAUGACGAAGAAGGAUUCUAGCGGAUGUCAUAUCAUCGGUUAUUUCUCCAAGGAAAAGGAAUCAGCGGAUAAUUAUAAUGUUGCUUGCAUUCUGACGCUGCCCCAGCACCAGCGGCAUGGUUACGGCAAAGUGCUCAUUGAGUUUUCGUACGAACUGAGCAAGAAAGAAGGCAAGACUGGCAGCCCGGAAAAGCCACUUAGCGAUCUUGGUUUACUGAGCUAUCGUGCAUACUGGGCGGAAACGAUCAUUGAAUAUGUAUUGAACGCGCAGGAUGAAGUGAGCAUUGACGAUAUCUCACAGCGCACAGCAAUUAUGGCUUCGGAUGUUAUGAACACAUGUGUCACAAUGCAACUCUUCAAGCAUUACAAAGGGCAGCACGUGAUAAUCCUUACCGAUUCUAUCCUAGAGCAGUAUAACAAGGCGAAAGCCAAACGUCGUCUCCGCAUAAAACCCGAGAAUUUACUCUGGAAGCCGCCGUCCUUCACGCGUGAUCAGUUGCGAUUUGGCUUCUAG